AUGGAAGGAGUGGCACUCCUCCUAGACCUGUCUAAAACCAGACCCCAGCUGAUCUCCACUAACAUUGUCCAAAUUUUUGAUUAUUUUGGCCUGAGAAUCUGUGACACACAUAAGAAAGUGAAGCAGAAGGCGCUGGAGGCGCUGGCAGAAAUCAUAGGACUCCUGCAGGAUGCCAUGAACCCAUUGAUGAUCCGUUUGGUUGAAGGCAUAACAAAGAACCUAAACUCAAAGGAUCCUGGGGUUCAUGCUGCAGCUAUGACGGCUCUGGACCAAUCUGUUGUGCAUUUAGAUGAAGUAUCACUGAUGAAAGAGCUCUGCCACCAAUGGAGACAACUGAGAGGCCAAGCUCUGCUGGAUGUCACGGAACGUAUCACAGUGCUUGUGGAAUGGGCUCAUGCCAGGAGCCCUGAAGCGGUCGAGCGCUACGCCCUGCCCGUGCUCUGGUCCUGCCUGGAGAACAAGGCGCUGCCUGUGCGAAGCGCCAACGUCUGCGCUGUGGUCACCAAGCUGGCCUGUGCCCUCUGCGAGGCACUGGGCAGCCAGAUCAUUAAGUUUGCUGACAGCACACCUCCACACGUGCAGGAAAACCUCAACAGCCUUCUGGGCUGGUGAAGGUUUGAUGUUCUCCAGAAAGCGGACAAAUUUCUGAGCUGGACACCACCGGACGUGACUUUUCAGCUGUGCCAGAAAUGACAAAAUACUAAGGAAGGGUGUGCAUCUGCCCCCGCUCUGUUAUCAGCAUUGCCCUUCCUAGUCAUGACAUGGGGGGCCUGAAGCAACAGCAGACUGAUGACGAGGUAAAGAUGAAGUAUGGAUCAGCCUCAAGUGAAUCCAGACAGAGGAAAAGGUGAAGACUAAGCAUGGAUCAGCCUGAAGCAACUGCAGACUGAGGACAAGGUGAAGACCAAGCAUGGAUCAGUCUCACACAGAGAUACGACUGGCUACAGUCUUUCCAAGAAGUUUUCUGUGGACAUUUCUGAUACUCCCUUACCAAGAAAGUCCUUGCCUCCAGUCCAGAAAUGCUCUUUCCUCCAAGAUCAGGAAGAAGCUGCCAACUGUCCAAAGAAUGUUUCAAGAAUAGGAUUUAGGCUUUAGGAUUAUCAAGAAUAGGAUUCAUUAAGAAUAGGAUUCAUCAAGAAAAGUAUUCAUCAACAAUAGGAUUCAUCAAGAAUAGGAUUCAUCAACUAUAGGAUUCAUCAACAAUAGGAUUUAGGAUUUUGGAAUAGGUUUAAGCUUCAUAGUUGCAGAUGUAUCUAUGUUCUGAUAGUUUUGAAUAAAUGUGUUUGAUUGUAUAUUUAAAUUUUGAUGACAUAUUUUAAUUGUAUAUAUUUUAUUUUGAUGAUUUAAAAAAACUUUAAUGAAUCAAUUAAAUUUAAAUAAACCAAAAGAAGAAUGUGACACCAGGA